UCAAUGUGCACAGCACCCCCCUCCCUCUCUUUACGGCGCUUCCUCUCAUCUAGCGGGCUGAGAAAGAGGAGGAGGCGGGGGAUCCGUUACCAGGAAUGAAACACAUGGCGGGAGCGCACAGGCAGCCGGCCCCCCGCACAUAGUCACCGAGAGCCAUUACUGAGGUACACGUGUGCCCUGCCCCGGAGAACGUCGUGUCAUCCCCCAUACAGGAGAAGGACAGCCGAGCACAGGAGUGUGUAGGAGACCUCAGGGGCCACAAUGGGGCUCUUACCUGGGGCUCUUCUGCUUGUCAUUGCCCUGACAGGGCUGCACCUCACAUGCUGCUCCAAGCUCAAUAUCCCCAAACUGCUCCUACCAUAUACAAGAGGAACCCGGAUCAACUACACCCUGGAGGUCACUGAGGGCUGCUACAAAUGGUCAUCAACUAGACCAGAAGUUGCCAGCAUAGUUGCGUUAAGCACACAUGACCAGCAGUGCUCACAACGUGCUGUGGUACAAGCCAGAGCAAGUCAUCCUACGCGGCUAACCAGUAUCAUUUUUGCUGAAGAUAUAAACACGGGACAGGUUUUACGGUGUGAUGCGAUUGUGGACAUAAUUAAUGAGAUUCAAAUUGUAUCGACUACAAGAGAACUUUAUCUGGAGGACUCUCCCCUGGAGCUAACAAUACAAGCUUUAGACUCUGAAGGUAACACAUUCAGCACUUUAGCUGGGAUGGUCUUUGACUGGGCAGUAACGAAGGAUAAAGAAAUGGAUGGUUACACUGAUUCACAUAAUAGCUUGAGGAUUUUGAAAUUUUUGGAAUCCACCUAUGUACCACCGAUCUAUAUCACAGAAAUGGAGAAAGUUGCAAAGCAAGGUGACACUAUUUUAGUAUCUGGAAUGAAAACUGGAAGCUCAAAACUCCGAGCAAAAAUGCUUGAAACUGUGUAUGAGAAAGUGCAUCCAGCGGAGGUUCGACUUCUUAUCUUGGAGAAUAUCCUCCUUAAUCCUGCGUAUGAUAUCUACCUGCUUGUGGGGUCAUCUAUAAAGUACAAAGUGCAAAAAAUAAAACAGGGAAAGAUCGCAGAUUUAUUGAUGCCGUCAGAACAAUACGCAUUGCAGCUUCAGAACCAUGUGCCUGCUCCAAUGGGUACUAAAUUUGAUCCAGUGGCUAAGCUGGACCAGAGAACAUCUAAAGUGACAGCAUUGCAGGAGGGUCAAACCAACAUUGUGCUUCUCCAUAAGAAUAUCCGCAUGCAAGGUGCUUCUCGAUUACCGAAUGGAACGAUAUUUGUGGUGGAAGCUGGAUAUUUAGGAUUUACUGUACACCCUGGAGAUCAAUGGGUGCUCGAAACUGAAAGAUACUAUGAAAUAACUAUUGAUAUAUAUGACAAAUCCAGCAACAAGGUGUAUUUAUCUGAUAAUAUACGUAUUGAAGCAAAGAUACCAAAGGAAUACUUUGAGAUUCUGGAAAGCUCGCUAAAUGGGUCGUACCAUCAUGUGAAGGCCUUGAAAAGUGGUCAGACAAUCAUUGAUGCAGCUUUGACAUGUAUGGUAGAUGAAGAUGGGGGUGUUCACGUGCUGCCAAAUCCUGUGAGGAACCAGCAAGAGGUGGAAAUCUAUACUCCGAUUACACUUUCACCCAAAAUUCUUACUUUUCCCUGGCAGCCUAAGCCAGGAGCUUAUCAGUACAUAAUACAGGUACAUGGUGGAAGUGGAAAUUUUACCUGGUCGUCCUCAAAUAAUGCUGUGGCUACUGUGACUGUCAAAGGGUUAAUGACAACUGGAGAUGACAUUGGUGUUAGUGUUAUACGGGCUAGUGAUGUGCAAAAUUCUUUACAUUUUGGAGAGAUGAAGGUGUUUGUCAUUGAACCCACUGGCAUGGAAUUCACGCCUUGUCCGGUUGAAGCUCGUAUAGGAAACAGGCUGGAGCUGCCUUUAAGGAUAUUUGGCAUCCUCAAUGGUGAUAAUGAGGUUGUGUCAUUGAGUGACUGCUCGCAUUUUGACUUGUCUGUGGAAAUGGAGACUCCUGGAAUAUUCAAGAUCCUGCCAGGCAGACUUGAGCCAAAUGUUGAUUAUUGUAGUGGUAUUACAGUACAAGGAGUGACUGCGGGGUACACAACUGUGUUUGUCAGCUACACUCAUGGUCAUGUACACUUAAAAGCCAAAAUUAUAAUUGCUGCUUAUCUACCUCUAAAGACAGUUGAUCCUACAUCUUUAGCUCUAGUGACCUUGGGCUCCUCAAAAGACAUUUUAUUUGAAGGUGGUCCUAAACCAUGGGUACUUGAACCCCUGAAAUUUUUUAGGAACCUAUCUACUGCAGACGCAGAAGGCACUGGCCUGUUUCAUCUUGAUCCCCCUUCGUCUCGCAAUCAUUUUCAACAUUGGACUAGAGCAGUUUGCAGGGACCUCGGUGAGCUGGUAAUUUCCUUGUCUGUAGGGAAUCGCCCCACAGAAACCAACCUAUUUCCAGCAGUCGAGAAUGUUGAAGUGAAGCUGGCCUGUUCCCCGCUCUCGCGUUUCACUGUUACUCCUGUGUAUAAACAUUCCCAUAAGGAUCUUAUCUGUCCUCUGAUGCAGCAAGACAAACAAGUGAUUCCAGUUUCCAAUUACCAAAACCAGUUGGUUCAAUUAUCAGCUUAUGACAGUCAUGGAACUAAGUUUGAUAAUUUCAGCUCCUUGGCCAUUGACUGGGAAUCUUCCAAGAUUCAGUUAGCCAGUUUUGAUUCUGACAAACCCAUGUCCUACUUUGAAAAAGAAGAUUCCAAUGGUCAAAGGAAACUCCAUGGUCUAAACACAGUCCAUGUGCGUCAAGUAUCAGGAACGGCAGUCAUUACUACUACAACUAACAAUUACCGGGAGUCUCAUCUAAGAGCAGCAAAAGUAAAGACCCCAUACAGAACAUUGACCCCUGUGUCUGCCAGUCUGGAGCUCCUGCUUGUGGAAGAUGUUAAAGUGAACCCAGGAUCUAUUUCUAUUUACAAUCACCCUGAAGUCACGGCUGAGUUCACCAUCUCUGAGGGAUCAGGAUAUUUUUACAUCAACAGCAGCAUUUCCAAUAUUGUCAAAACAGUAUUUCUAGAAACAAAAGGAAUUUUGACAGUGUAUCCCUUGCGCCCAGGAACCUUAUCUAUCAUGGUUUACGAUCUUUGUCUGGCUUUCCCAGCACCAGCUGCAGUCCAUGUUCAUGUAUCUGAUAUUCUGCAGGUGGAAGUUAGAGUGGUGGAUAAGGUUGAAAUUGGAAAGUCUAUAAAAGCCUAUGUGAGGGUCUUGGAUUCUUCUCAAAUGCCAUUCCUUGCUAAAUAUUUUGCCUACAUGGAUUUGGAUCUUGGAUCUUCAUCACACAUUGUAUCUAUUAAAGCCCUCAGUGAGAAGGUUGAUGAGUUUACUGCAGUCUUUGAAGUCCAUGGUCUUGCUUUAGGACAGACAAGUCUUGUUGCAUCUGUCGCAGAUAAAACCGGUAACAGAAUUGAUUCUUCAGCAAGAUCGCUUGAGGUAUUCCCUCCAUUCCGACUCCUGCCUCGGAGGAUUACACUCCUUAUCGGUGCUACAAUGCAGAUCACAUCAGAAGGUGGCCCUCACCCACAAUCUAACAUCAUAUUUUCUAUCGCAAAUGAAAAAGUUGCUUCUGUGAGCACCAAUGGUCUGGUGAGGGGUGAAACAAUCGGCAAUAUAUCUGUGACUGGGGCCAUACAGGCUGUUGAUACAGAAUCUGGAAAAGUGGCUAUUGUGUCUGAGGAUAAAGUAGAGGUUGAAGUAAUCCAACUGAAAGCUGUUCGUAUUCACGCACCCAUCACCAGAAUGAAAGGUGGCACACAGAUGCCUGUUUAUGUAAUGGGAAUAUCUAGCAACCAGACACCUUUUUCAUUUGGUAAUGCUGUACCUGGGCUUGUUUUCUACUGGUCUGUAGUAAAGCGGGAUAUUAUAGAGGUGAAGAGCCGACAUGAUGAGGUGUCUGUUGAGCUUCCAGGACAGUACAACUUUGCCAUGAAUGUGUAUGCCAAAAUGAGAGGAAAAACUGGACUCAAAGUGACUGUUCGUGUCACUGACCCACUGGCAAAGCAGUUCUAUGGCCAGGCACAUGAAUUCUCUGAUGAGAUUCAGAUUCAGGUCUUUGAACGAUUACAUUUAAUAAGUCCAAAUGUGGAGGCUGAACAGAUAUUGCUAGCUCCCAAUUCUAAAUUGAGGCUGCAGACCAAUAGAGACCGAGCAGCGACUGUUGGCUACAGAGUAUUGAAUGGUGUAAAGAAGCCGCCUGUUGUACAGGUUGAUGAUAAUGGUCUAUUGACAUCGGGUUCUUUUACUGGUAUUUCCACCAUGGAAGUCAACUCUCAGGAGCCAUUUGGAAUUAACCAAACUAUUAUUGUCUCUGUUAAGGUAUCUCCAGUUUCAUAUAUGCGCAUUGUAACUAGUCCUGUGCUUCAAACAGAAACCAGUCACUUAUUGUCUACAAUUCCAUUGGGAAUAACUUUGCAUUUCUCAGCCCAUUUCCAUGAUAACACUGGGGAAGUUUUUCACGCUCAGAAUUCUGUUCUUAAGUUUGCACUUAACAGAGAUGAUUUUGUGCAAAUUGGUAAGGGACCCAGUAAUGACAGUUUGGUCAUGCGCACAGUCAAUGUUGGAUACACUAUAUUAAGUGUGUGGGAUGCUGAGAACCCAGGAAUCUCGGACUAUAUUCCCCUGCCUGUCCAGCACAGUAUAUACCCUAGUCUAAAUGAAGACGUUGUAGUUGGUGAUGUAAUCUGUUUUACAAGCACAGUUGCCAGUAAAAAAGGUUUGGCUGGAACAUGGAGUUCUUCCUCUAUCUCCACUCUUCAGAUUGAUCCCAGAACAGGUGCUGCUUUAGCAAGAGAUUCCGGAUUUGUGACUGUUUAUUAUGAAAUUCCUGGGUUCCUUAAGUCUUAUCGUGAGAUGUUAAUACGUUCUCCUCUGAGAACACAUGUGGUAAAUGCAAAUGGAGAGAAAAUCAGUUUGCAGGCUGGAAAUAUACAUAAAUUGCUUGUUGAAAUUGGAGAAAAUAACAACAAUUUGAAAGGAGAAUGUUCAGCAGCCCAGAUUGAAGCCAUUCAGGAUCUUCAUCCAGAAAACAUGAUAAACUGCCACUUAAGGUUUAAAGAUCAGAAUCUUGACAUUUCAGCGUCUGAAGUCUUUUCUGCAAAUACUGACUUUGAUUUUGACUCAGGUCACUACAUCUGUUCCCUUGGUAGACAGAAGCUUUCAGAGGGCCAGCUAAAACAAAUCAGCAUCGGGGACACAUCACUUAUAGUAACAGCAUCCAUCCUGGGAAUUAACGUGUACCAGGAGCAGACAAGUGCACAUGUUCCGGUCUACCCUGGAUUUUAUACCAACCAGAAGGAGCUUCUUUUAAGCAGUCAUUAUCCUACCACCAAUGUUAAGAUAUUUGGAGUCGCUGAAUUGCUGAAAAACCUUGAGGUGAAGCCAGAGUUAUCCAUCAUUACUGUCUAUCAAAAAGAAAAAUAUACCGGGGUGCCCAGCUUUGUAACUUAUGAAGUUGGUCUAUCUGAUAUGCAGGUUUUAAACCAGGGCUCUCUAUCUACCUCACUAACCAUUUCCAGUUACAUGUCUGAUCAAACCAUCAACAUACCAAUUAGAUUGAUGUCGGCUACCGGCCCACUUAAUGUGCCUUAUGCCAUGGGCCAGGGCUUCUUCUAUCACUUCCUGAACUCUUACCAGAUUAUUUUCUUCACUUUGUUCACAUUGUUAGCAGGGGCUGCUAUUGCCAUACUAGUGUUUUCACCAAAAGAGAGGAUUGACCACCCAGCCUUUAUAUCUGCAUCACCAACUCGGUCUUUAGGCAGUAGUCUUGUAUCAUCACCACCACCAGCCUUGUCUUAUCACAACCAAGGAUCUCCUAUGAGGAACAAUUCACGAUCAUUGUGGAGUCCAGAAUAUUGUUCCAACUGAGAACUAAUAUACCAAAGACCUCAGCGAUUUAAAUUGUGUGCCUUGAGUCACAAAUAUGUUCCAUGCCGGACAGCAUGUGAUCAAUGUUUUAUGCAGCUUUGUAUUGAUUCAUGUUUGAUUGGUACUGUAUUUUAUUUGAACUGUGUUUUUUGUUUUUGUCUAGCUUGAUCUAAUGUCUUGGUUUUUAUUUCUUGAGAAUGUAUUUUAUGUGAUAUCUCAUCCUUCCACAGUUUUUUUUUUUUCUUUCCAAAAGAUUUGGGCAUAUUUAAUAAAGCAGAACAUUUUUAAAUAGCAGUAAUGUGUAUGAGCCUAUCAGAAUCCUUUUACAGAUUUUAAAAUGCCAUACUGAACUCUGAUUGGUUUCACUAUGCACUUUCUCACUUAUAUUUGAUCUGCUUUAUUAAAUAAGCUAGCAAAUGACCACUAUCGAAGGUUUCUCCUCAGGCCCGUCUUUGUUUUAGAUUUUAUGUCUGAAAUUAGAAUGAUUUCUCUAUAUGUUAUGACUUUUGUUUAACUCAGGAAUAUUUUGCACUGACUUGCAACUGUAGCCUAAUAAUGUGAGUCUAACCAAUCAGAAAGUAGCUGUGAAUUCUGAUCUGUGCUUGUUGCAUACCUUACCUGUCAAAUUACAAGCCAGCCGUUCUCCCUGGCACGAGAGAAUACUCUGUGAAUAUUUUAGUGCAGCAACAUGUGAUUUAAAAUGUGCUGCCAUACACCAUCCAUAUACAGGCGUACCUUGCUGUAGGUGAUUUUCUUUUCUUUAAAGGGACCCGUCGGGAAUAAAAAUGUCAAAUCAGGUCCGUAAUGGCAGUUCCCUAAGGAUACCUAUCCUGACAAACCUAUAGGCUGUCAUUGCUGGCUUUCUGAAAAUGCUAGAUACCUGGCUUUCUCCGUUUCGAGUUUUUUUUUUUUUUUUUACCUGAAAUAAGUAUGCAGGAAAUCCAGGUCGGUGAAUUGACAAGUAUUGAAAUUAUGACCUUACAAGCUAUUCUUUUAGUUACACUGUUCUAUUUAUUUUAAACCCUCAUACUUUAUUUUUUGCUAGAUUUUAGAAAUCAUUUUAUUUUUACAUUGAAUAGUUUGAUUGCUAUACCUGUUUUUUGGGGUGAUGACCGCAGUUUAGGAUGCUAUUGAAGAAAUGGCUUUCCUUUCAGCAACAAUUAAAGUUUAAAAUGUGGAAAAAAAAGAUCCUGUUUGUCAUCUGCAAAAAUAUAACCACCCCCACCCCCCCUCUCCUUGCUGUCCCCUUUUCGAAAGCUUUGAUCCAAGAAGUAGGAAAGACAAUUGAAAAUUAGAUUUGGGAAUUGUGAAGUUAAAUGCUUUGAUCAAUAUCGCACUCGCCUUCCCUCGCCGUAAAAAGAAGACAAUCUCUUGGAAAAUAGGUUUUCAUUAAACUAAUACCAUUCUUAAAUUGUCCACUGGAAGUGUGUUUUUAAAAAGGAUGCACCCAAAGCCACUUGCAUUCCACAUUUCAUUUCUUACCUCAUAUUACAUUUGGUCUGUUGUAUUCUGAUUAAGACUGACUGUUUCAGUCACAUCUGUUAAUUAGAUUGCAACAGGCAUAAAACAAAGUAAUGCAUUACAUAUCUGUGUGUUUUGGACCAUUCUGAUCAAGCUUGUUCUGCAAGGAUGGAAGAAAAGGGGGAAGUUCUACCCAGCAACCAAUCAGUUUCUGGCUGUAAUUUUCUCAGCACCGGUUCUAAAAUGAGUGCUGCUGUCUCUUUUCAAUACGUUCUAUAGAACACUCUUUACAAGAAAACUUUACUAAUAUUAUUUGUCAUAAAAUUAGAUCAAGACUGCGAUUAACCUUCAUUUAAGAGCACCCCAGAAGCCAUCUAAACCAAAGGCAUUUAUUAUGCAAAUGGUAAACUCAAACUCUCAAAAUGCAGAAUACAGCUACUAGCUGGUAGCUACAGUAAGUGCUGAAGAUACCGCAAGCCAGUCGAAUGUAAACAGAACAUCCCAUUACAACAUGUACUGUCUUAUUUUAUUCUUGUGUGAUACUACUAGCCUAUUGCCUAAAUUAUACACCUAUAAAAUACAGCACGCCAUCUUAAAACCAAAUGUAUUAAUGUAAUCCGAUCCAACACAGAUGCAAACCCUUUUUGUAUCCUCACUUAAGAAUUGUGGUAGAGCCAUGUAAAUAAACUGAUCUAUAGCUUAGAUACAGUCUAAUUAUGCAAAGUAAAUUAUGCUAAAGUGGUUGUAAAACUGACAUUAGGGAUAUGCUUUGUUCAUAUUUAGUGUGCACCUGUCUUAAUCCAGAUCAUUAAGUCUCAUUUCUUUCUGCUGCCUUAUUCCUGUGCUAUCUGUAUGAGUCACUGACAGGUUUUCCUGACCCCAAGAGAUAUAAGGAUGACAUGGGAGGGAGCUCCAGCACACAGCCUGUGAUUGACAGCCUAAGCUUUGGUUCUGUGUGAAGGGAGGGGGGGCUUCCCUUUCCUUCUCUUCCCUCCAAUCGGCUCUCCCCUACCGAGACCUGCAUAUUGUAACUUUAGCUUUUUGCCCCCUGCUUUCUGAAAGCUCAGGUAAGCUGUAUAAAUGCUGUACUUUGAACUGAUGUAGAGAAGAGGUUGCUGUAAAUGGGUACAAUUUAUGUAGCAGGAUUUGUUUCUCUGUAUAUCACCUGAAGCUAGUCACUUCACUGGGUAUAUGUAAGGAGUUACAACCACUUUAAAUAUAGCUGUAUCAGAUUUGUGCCUUGUUGUUGCAAGGUAUAGAACACAUGAUUAUGAAAUAGAGCUUCAAGAGGGAAUCGGCUAGGAAAGCGAAUAGGCUUAUGGUGAAUCAUACCAAAAUUUAUUGAAAAGUCCUUCCUCUAAAGCUCUGUAAAAUUAUAGUACUGUUGUCUUAAACAGAGGUUUGUGUCAGCACUGCCAAUAGAAACUCAGAGAGGUUCAUUCUUCAUAUUUCAUCUAUUCCUUGCUAUAUAUCUGAAGACAUAUAGUGCUUAAAUUGAAGGACAUAUCGUAAAUAUAAAACCAGUGCAUAAAGUUCACAGUACAAAUGUCCAUUAUACUAUGCACAGAAACUGCAUCCAUCCAUACCAACAUUCAUAUAAUGAAAUAUUAACAAACUAUAUAGAGCCAUAGAUCUUUGUUCACAAGGAGCAUCUACUUGUUUCAUGUUACAAUGGCCUGUCUGCACUAUUUGAGGAAGGGGCUCCGUAAAACAUGUACAGUUUUAAUGAAGUGUUCCUGCACUAUUUAGGAAGAUCUCAGAUUCAGUUUUUUGGGUAAAAACUGCUUCAUUAAUUUAAUGUACAGGUUUUUAUGGUGUUGAAAUUUCCAUGACUCUUUAUGUAUGGCAUUAUAUUAGAAGGAAACUUGGCAAUGUCUAAUUGGAUGAAUACAAUGUGAAAAAAAUGUGAAUUUUUGUCACUGUCAAAAUUGCUGAAGUAUGAAACUUUUCCUCAGGAGCCAAGAAACUCUUAUGUACUUUAAAUACCUCAAGCUUAAAGGUGUGUGUAUUGGCGUUCUUGAAGAAGUUGGACAAUGUUGAAUGUACACAUAAGAUUUUUUUUUUUCUGUCAUAAAGAAGUGAAUUUGCAUUCAUCAUAUUCUUUCUGCUGACUCACUGUGAGUGCCUUAUGUUUUUUGCUCAUGUCGGCUACAUUGCAGAUUUUCUUUGUACAAUAAAGUUUCUUAUGUUUCUUAAUA